CAAGAGACGGGCCAAAUACAAUACUUUCGCAACAUCUCCUGUAUAUUUCCAAAGUUCAGUUUUUCUUGAAUGUUUUCAUUUCUCGUCAGUCGGUGUUUGCUCCUUCUCCAUGCUGGGUCUCCACCCAGAUCCGGGGACCUAUAUGUCCAUGAAUUGUAAGGGUAGCAUUUCAGAUCAUUCAAUGCCCCUUUCUAUUCUGCUCUGGACCACCAGUGAUGAAAGAUACCCCAGUGAUAACAUGAAUACUUCUGAAAAUGGCGAUAAAUUGACCAAAGACCCGCCUUCCAACUCCGACAUGUUUUCAGAAGACUUUUCCUCUCAUCUUGAAUACGGAAUAGGUGGAAAUUCUAAUUCUCAGAUCGUGUACACUGGAAAAUUUCGAACCGAGUCUGGAGAAAAUAUGGCCGAAGUUGAUCACUUGGCAUAUUCUUACGAGGUAGAACGUUUACUGAUGGGAAUAUCAGAGAGCGUUGGACAAAAUUUUGACACAAACCAAGGGGACACAGCACUUCCGGAGGACCUUGCCUCAGUUUCACUCAUGCAAACAGACACUCCCUUCUCUCAUGGACCCAUAGUAGGUAGUGCAGUACAAAACACGCCAUCUUCCACGUCACCUAGUAUAAGCUAUGACCAACCCAUGACAAGUGCUUUAGAUAGCGUAUUUUCAGUCCCCACCACCACUGACUCGCUUGUUAUAGACUUACUAACACACGGACAGUACAGUUCUGGGGCAGCCAAAGCAGCUUCGUCUGCCCCACAGCGCCAGGAUUCCCUCAUUGAAAGCCUCCCAAGCACAUCUAGUCAGCUGUCCGAUCCGCUGUCCCCUGUGGAUGUAACUUCGGAUUCUUCCUCCCAUAGUAUCUCUGACCAUCUCCAAAUUUCACAGCCAUCAUCAUCGACUACGCAUAGGUCGUUAAACCUUCCACCCCCGGGUCGCCCCGGCCGAAAACCUGGACCUAAUAGUAAUCGCACCUAUAAAAGAAGAACUGUUCCAAAGGAUACCGAGGAAUACAUGAUCAAACGUGCUAAAAACAACAUUGCUAUCAGAAAAUGUCGUGAAAAGGCUAAACGUAAACAAGAGGAGAUGGAGGAGAAAAUGAAAGAAUUAGAAAAUGAAAAUAAAGUGCUCAAAAAACAAGUGGAGGAUCUAAGAACGGAGGUGAGGAGACUGAAAGGCUUUCCAGAGGGGAAAACUCAGUGAUACAUCAGAUGUGAGAGGUACCGUACGUAUUGCCCGUACAUGCUUUGUUGUCCCAGUGAGAGAGUUUUUCAUGAUUAAGCGCAGCAUUCUCUCUUUUCUACGAGAAAAUAUGUAUACAUUCUACAUGUAUAUACAAGAAUGGUGAUCCCUGUGGCUUACACUUUUUCAUCAAUAAAUUAUGUGUGAAAGGCAUUAUUCUAUAAUGUGACAAGUUUUAAACACUAUUUUUGGUGACAACUUUGGAGAAAGUAUAUUAGAUAUAAGUAUUUUUCUAACACUUUCAUUAAUCCAUACACAAACUACAAAUAUGCUGUGUUCAAUAGCUAGGCCAUA